UAUACCAAUGGCAAGUGAACCUCCUUGUGCAUCUGAUCUCAGGAGGGGUUUGCUGUUGCAAAGUGCAUUUUGCUACUUCUGAAUUUGGCGAAAUGGCACCAGGAAAAAAGGGCAUUCUUGAGCGCCUGAACGCUGGCGAGAUUGUGAUUGGUGAUGGCGGCUUUGUGUUUGCCCUGGAGAAGAGGGGGUAUGUGAAGGCCGGCCCUUGGACUCCUGAAGCCGCGGUUACGCACCCUGAAGCUGUUCGACAGUUGCACCGGGAGUUCUUGAGAGCAGGGUCUAAUGUCAUGCAAACAUUUACAUUCUACGCCAGCGAUGACAAACUUGAGAACAGGGGGAACAACCUGCGCCUCACUGGACAGCAAGUCAACGAGGCUGCUUGUGACCUUGCCAGGGAGGUGGCCAAUGAGGGAGAUGCCUUAGUUGCAGGUGGAGUCUCUCAGACCCCUUCCUACUUGAGCUGUAAGAGUGAGAGUGAGGUAAAGGCCAUCUUCAAAAAACAGAUGGACGUCUUUAUGAAGAAGAACGUGGACUUUUUGAUUGCUGAGUACUUUGAGCAUGUGGAGGAGGCUGAGUGGGCCGUCCAGGUUCUGAAGACUAGUGGGAAGCCCGUCGCUGCCAGCCUGUGCAUUGGACCUGAAGGAGAUCUGAAUGGAGUCAGUCCUGGAGACUGCGCAGUCAAGCUGGUGAAGGCUGGUGCCCAGAUUGUUGGAAUCAACUGCCACUUUGACCCCAUGACCUGUGUGAAGACUGUGAAGCUCAUGAAGGAGGGAGUAGAGCAUGCUGGGCUCAAAGCUCACUAUAUGGUCCAGCCCUUAGCCUACCACACCCCUGACUGCAGCUGCCAGGGCUUCAUUGACCUGCCAGAGUUCCCCUUUGCAUUGGAGCCCAGAAUCCUGACCAGAUGGGACAUGCACAAAUAUGCCAGAGAGGCGUACAACGUGGGCAUUCGCUACAUUGGGGGCUGCUGCGGGUUUGAGCCCUACCACACCCGUGCACUGUCAGAGGAGCUGGCACCUGAGAGAGGCUUCCUGCCCGCUGCAUCUGAGAAACAUGGCAUGUGGGGCAGCGCCCUGGAGAUGCACACCAAGCCCUGGGUUCGAGCCAGGUCACGCCGUGAUUAUUGGGAGAAUAUUCUACCGGCUUCUGGACGACCAACUUGUCCUUCUUUCUCCACUCCUGAGAACUGGGGAGUGACCAAGGGUCACGCUGACCUGAUCCAACACAAGGAGGCCACCAGUGCGGAGGAGAUCCGCCAGCUGAUGGAGAAACAGAAGAAGGCCAAGACCAGCGUCAAAUGAUCAAAUCACCUGGAGAGGGAGAGAGAGCUCAAAGCUCAGCCUCCAACUUGGUCCUUUAUCAGCUGUUAUUAAGCACUUGCAACGGCUUGUAUUUCUUUGAAGAAGAAAAAACAUAACUACAUGGAAAGCCCUUCCCAAUAAAAUAAAACCUGGAAUCUUUUA